CCCCUUCCAGAUCCGCCAGCCCAUUUGCUGUCAGAUCCAGAUAUUCAGGCCGCGCUCGAGUGUAAUCGCCAGCACAUCCGAGUCGAGACUCCAUUCAAUGUUGACAAGCUUGAAGCCAUGCUUGUCAGUCACCCUAAUCAGCCCUUCGUGCAGUCCGUUCUGAAGGGCCUUCGCCAUGGCUUUUGGCCUCCUGACGAGGGCGAAUGGAAAAUCGAAUGCGCUGAGGUAACUGACAACUAUCCGUUAACUUCACCUGAUCUGCAUGCGAUCCGUGCCUUUCGAGAUCGGGAGACCGCGGCAGGUCGAUGGUCCUCCGAGAUCUCACAACUCCUCCCAGGCAUGAAGAUUUCACCGAUGUUUGUUGUUUGGAGGGACGACAAGCCACGUGUCGUGACGGAUCACUCGGCAUCUGGCCUUAAUGACGGGAUACCCCCUGCGCAGGCUAAGGUUCGUUAUGAUAACAUGCAUGACUUCGGCCAAGAAAUGCGC